UGAAUAACCCAAGUGCAGGUCUCGCUCUAGAUAUACAACUUGUCCAGAUGGGUUUCUUCAGCUCAGUUCAUAUGACAACGACGGUUGUUGUCAACAAGAAAAGGUGAAAUGUAAAACAACCAAAUGCUAUGAACGGGAGAAAUCGACUUUAUUUAUAUCAUCAACAAAACAAAGUAAUUCUUUAGAUUUUUUUUUUUUUAGCUUUCAACUAUAUGUUUAGCUAUGGAGAGUAACGUUGUACGUUGAACCGCAGAUGAAUGUAUAUUUUGUUUACACAUCCAAAAGUGUUUUUGGAUCUGUUGUUAGCUAGUAGGCUAACUAGCUAGCCGGCGAUGUAUUUGUGAUUUGGCUGGCUAGCUAGCUGAAUUUUCUUUCUUCUCAGAGUUGUUUUAUGGAGAUAGUUAGCUUGUGUGUUACACAAAUAGUAGUUAGUUUGUCAUUGUCGUGAUUGUAGGUUAGCUAACGAACCAGUGGCGUCUACAUUGUUAGCUAGCUAGCUAGUUAGCCUCGACGUUUACAGGAUGAGUAACGUUAGCAGUCAAAAACGCCAGCAUUUUAAAGGAGCCGAAGUGAGCUGCAGUGUCAAAUACUUCUUGUUUGGAUUUAACAUCAUAUUUUGGUUACUGGGAGCAGCCUUCCUGGGCAUAGGACUGUGGGCAUGGGCCGAGAAGGGGGUGCUGUCCAACAUGGCCUCCAUAACAGACCUGGGAGGCUUCGACCCCGUGUGGCUGUUCAUCGUAGUGGGAGGAGUCAUGUUCAUCCUGGGAUUCGCUGGUUGCAUCGGAGCGCUACGGGAAAACACCUUGCUGCUCAAAUUUUUUUCGGUGUUCCUGGGCCUGAUCUUCUUCUUAGAGCUGACAGCAGGCAUCCUGGCCUUUGUGUUCAAAGACUGGAUCAAAGACCAGCUCAACUUCUUCAUCAACAACAACGUCAAGGCUUACCGCGACGACAUCGACCUGCAGAACCUCAUAGACUUCACACAGGAAUAUUGGUCGUGCUGUGGAGCCCACGGUCCUAAUGACUGGAACCUGAAUAUCUACUUCAACUGCACUGAGUUUAACCCCAGUAGAGAGCGCUGUGGAGUCCCCUUCUCCUGCUGCGUUAAAGACCCUGCCGAAGACGUCCUUAACACACAGUGUGGCUACGACGUGAGACUUCAAGGGGAGUUGGACCAGCAGAAGUACAUCCACACCAAGGGUUGUGUGGGCCAGUUUGAGAGGUGGCUUCAGGACAACCUGAUCAUUGUAGCUGGGAUCUUUGUGGGCAUUGCACUUUUACAGAUAUUUGGGAUCUGCCUGGCUCAGAACCUGGUGAGUGACGUCAAGGCCGUGAAGGCCAACUGGUGACGCCAGGACCCUGUGGAGGAGGGAGUACUCUGACCUUUGACCCCCAACAUCCAGCUCACCUCCCACUGACCGCUAAGAGAUGAAAACACUAAGAGCUGUUUACCUCUGGACCUGCCAGGCUGAGAGGUGAAAACACAAAGAGCUGUUUACCUCUGGACCUGCCAGGCUGAGAGGUGAAAACACAAAGAGCUGUUUACCUCUGGACCUGCCAGGCUGAGAGGUGAAAACACAAAGAGCUGUUUACCUCUGGACCUGCCAGGCUGAGAGAUGGAAACACAAAGAGCUGUUUACCCCUGGACCUGCCAGGCUGAGAGGUGAAAACACAAAGAGCUGUUUACCUCUGGACCUGCCAGGCUGAGAGGUGAAAACACAAAGAGCUGUUUACCCCUGGACCUGCCAGGCUGAGAGGUGAAAACACAAAGAGCUGUUUAGGCUGAGAGGUGAAAACACAAAGAGCUGUUUACCUCUGGACCUGCCUGUCCGUCUAUUUCACCUGGUGUCACUUUCAACCCUACUUCCAGGAUUUCAAAACAGCCCUUCAGAAAGGCCUUCCAGGGCUGCUUGUUGGACACCUCCUAUCCCACUCGUACAGCCUUUCUGUCUCCUGUACAGUAUAGAGUGGGCUGCUGACGGACCUACCGGCUGGCUGACAGGAUGGCAUUUCUUUCCCUUAUCCUAUGACCACUGAAAGACAUUAAGCUCUCUUCAUUUUAGGGUCAAAUUCUGAAAAGUCUGGAGUUAGCAAGGCCUUGCUACGGAUGCAUGUCUUUAACCAGCUGUUUGUUGAGCAGCAUGUUUUAACCUACAACAUGUUUUAUUUAGUCUGUCGAUGUUUUGAGUUUAAUCAAACAGACAGACAUACAUACGGAGAGGAUUUUUCUCUCCCGGCAUCCCUGAAGCACAUGGGGAUAGUAGGCUUUUUACUUGAUCUAACCUUUAACCUUAUACUAACGUUAAAUCUACGUUAUACUGACGUCGAGGCGACGUUUGUACGUGUUUAUUCUGUCUCUCUUCUGGACUCCCACCACUACCUUUUGGAAGCUUCAAUUACCUGAUUGUCUGGUCUGUCUGGAUUUGUACUUUUCUCCUCUCUUAGUUUGUUUUCUCCUAGUGUUUGUUGGUGUGUUUGUUGUCUAUCUGUCUUAGUUGGACUGUUUUGUUUUCUCCUAGUGUUUGUUGGUGUGUUUGUUGUCUAUCUGUCUUAGUUGGACUGUUUUGUUUUCUCCUAGUGUUUGUUGGUGUGUUUGUUGUCUAUCUGUCUU